CACAGUGCACUAAACAUGGCUGACAAAGAGAACACAGCAAUGGAAGUCGAUAAGGGAAGGAGUAAAGCUUUUGAUAAACACGUUAAGCCACAGCUCGACAGCGUUGCCCAAAGAACUGACAACAAGGGCAGACCGGAAGACAAGAAAGGCCACGCUGAAAGCUGUGCCACAGCGGAAUACUGCGAGAGGCUGCAGGCAUGGAUGUGGCAGUAUUACACUGGAUAUGUCAACUGGCAAAGCUGGCUGGCAGCGUCAGCCAUGUCCUGCCCUUAUUAUGUCCAGCCUCCCAGCGGAACCGCAGUUGAAAUCAAUUCCCAUAACUGGCUAAACAGUCCGUUUAGUCUCCCGCUGUCGCCUUACUCCCAUGCGGCCACCUCCCCGGGCAGCCGUGUGGGAGAGGCCGCCCAGCCCCAGCAGCAGCAGCCGGCGGUGCAGGAGAACGGAAAUGCCCAGAGACCAGGCCGGGAGUAUAGCAUUCCCUCACCUUUGCAAAGACUAAUGGCUGAGAUGGUGGAUUUUUUCAUCUUGUUUUUCAUCAAAGCGACCAUUAUCAUCAGUAUUAUGCACUUCAGUGGUAUCAAAGAUGUCUCCAAGUUUGCCAUGCAUUUUAUAGUGGAAGAAAUCGAUGAAGACACAUCAAUGGAGGAGCUUCAGAAAAUGAUGCUGGUUGCCCUCGUGUACCGGAUGUUAGUGUGUUUUUAUGAGAUUGUGUGCAUUUGGGGAGCAGGAGGAGCCACCCCAGGGAAGUUUCUCAUCGGACUCAGAGUCGUUACAUGUGACUCAUCAGUUCUGGUUCAGCCCAACAGGGUCCUCGUGGUGCCUGCAACUAACGUCUCUCUGUCGGCAUCAACGGUGCGAGCCUUGAACAAGAACUUCUCGAUUGCCUUCUUUUUCCCAGCCUUCAUCACGCUUCUCUUCUUCCAACACAACAGGACUGUGUACGAUAUGGUCGCUGGUACAAUUGUUGUCAAGCGGUCCAGGCUCAGAUGAUGCAGAAGUAGACAGGAGAGGUUUCCACAUUGACUCUGAACAGAACUCAGACCCUUCUACGUCUAGAAGAGUGAAAUGCAUCAAUAGGAACUGUUUCAGGGUUUUGUUUUGUUUUUCUGACACCCACUGUAUUCAUGUAAGUCUACAUGCUGCUUUGAGGAUCUGUUCCUUUGCCAAAUGUCUGCUUUGAACACAGGAAGAACGAUGGAAAAUGCCCCUUUUUUAAUGAACAAAGCUUGGCCUUGUUUCUCAUUAUUCAAAACAUUCAGAAUGAAUGUGGAGUAUCACAUGGUAUUGAAAUGGCUGAAUUUGCAUUUGAGAUUUUACCCAUGGUAUCUCUUUGUACUGCACGUGUUUUCCAAAAAUGUUGGGUCUCUGUGUCAAAUGUCAAUGACAGAAUGCAAUUAUUGACAAAACAUUUAAACCCUGUAUUUAAUCAGAAAUGUUCCAUUUAAUGGAUGUGUAAAACUUUUUUUUUUAUGAAAUGGAAGAGUUUGGGAGCUAAUAUGACCAGUCGUACUUGAGAACGGAUCUUACAAUUUUUUUUUUGUAACUCUAAAUCUACAUAGAUUGACUACAAUAAUGAAAGAUUUACAGGUUAACAAGUAAAAUUAUAUUAAUGAUUUAACUGCAAGGUGUUUUAUUUAAUUAGAAUUUCAUAAUGUGCCAAAUGUCUUCUCUAAAAUGAGCAAAAGACAUCUCAUGUUGCAUCUCAGCAUAUGCUGAUCUUAAACGUGUUCAUUAAUCUUAGAUACGUUAACAGAUUUUUACAUCACACAUACAAAUUGCACAAGAUUCAAAAAUUUUAAAUACACUAAUUGACUAGCAUACUUUCCACAAAUAUUUGUUUUUUCCCCUCUGUCCAUAUUAAAAAGCUGGAAGUGUUUCGUUGGAUCUUUGCAUUGUAACUUUAGAUUUGCAAUGUGUUUCUGGCAGUGUUUUCCAAAAAAUAUUCCUGAGUUCAAACAUCUGUUUGUUACAGCUUCACAGUUUUCAAUCUUCCAUAGCUUUCUUAAAUUAUGAUAUGCACCAAAGAUGAUGAAAACCCUCUUUUUACAGCAUCAUUUUCAGAGAGUUUAUACUGGAAUUUUGUAACUAUCUGCCCCCAUGAUCCUUUAGAUUAUCCAACACCUCCUCAUCUCCUAUUUCCUUUGUACUCGUUUACCUGGUCAUGUUACUCACUUGUCACAAGCUUUCCUGGAUGCUCGACAUCACUAUAUGGUAACUGAUUUUUUUUCCUGCUCCUCUGAAAUCUGUUCUUGUCAUCAAAUUGAACAUAAUUAUGCAUUUUAAGGUAGCCCCGGUAUAAUUUAUAACUGAAUGUGGAAUUGAAAUGACCAGCUGGUCAUUGCUUUCUGUUUUUUUACCUUGGUACACAAUGUCUCAUCAGUUUUGGAAACCAAUUUUUAGUAUUUGUACCAGGACCCCUGAAAUGGUGUUGUUCAGUGGGAGUGAUGCACAAUACUGGGCUGAAAGGCUCUGGGUUAACAGCACAUUCAAAUGCAGUGAAUGAAAAUCCAAACCCUAUCAAUAUUGUUCUUUACUCAGACAGAAUGCACGUGUCUUGAUAAAUAAUUUUGUUACUGACAUGUUUUGCAUCGAAGGAAAUUAAAUGAAACCACC